UUCUAAACACAACACAAAUCAGACAUUUCGUUUUCGCAGAAAUAUGAAGUAAAUAAUAUGGUUUACUAAUUUUACCUUUCUGCUAUUGCCAACGGGUAAAUUAAUGAAGUGAUAUGUGUUUUAAUAGCGUAUAUACAGGUUUAUGAUAUAAGUUCAUCAAUUUCUUUACAUAAAGUGGGUGAAGUAAGUGAACUCGGUGAAAAUAAAAGCAGGUAUUGUCAUUAUGGAUCAAGAUAAAUCCGAAGGCAGUUCGAAUGCACCAAACCCUGGAAAGAGGCCACGGCCGUUUUUAUUACAACCAUGUCCAAAGAUCGCUCGAUUGUCCAUGUACGACAAGCCAUCAACCAACUGCCAGAAAAGUCCCAGGACUAGUGUGCCAAAGAAGAAUAAACUUUCAUAUAAUAUUACUGAUGUCCCAGCCUCUGGCACGCCUGUGCCAGAGAAACGGGUUCGUAAGGCUGGACCGUAUCUUUUAGGGCCUAAACUGGGUCCGAGUCCUGUAAAAAGCAUAGUUCAAUGUUUGGCUAGAAAAGAAAAGACUGAUGAUUUCUAUCAAAUAAAAAUUUUGACGUUACGCCAUGAGGAUCAGGCUGAGACACAGGAUGACAGGCAGGGGAAGAUGUUACUGCACACUGAAUAUUCUUUAUUGUCACUAUUGAAGGAUCAAGAUGGAGUGAUACAUCACCAUGGACUAUUUAAGGAUUAUGCUUUAGAGGAAGCUCCCAGUUAUUUUGGAUCUAACCGAGCAUACAAAGGCAGUGGAUCUGGCCGUAUCUACACUGGGCGUGUCCGGGAGCGGCUCUUUCUAGUACUUGAUUGUGUAAAUGCUCACCAGUUUAGUGAGAAAGGUAGUGAGCUCAUCAAUCUCCAGCAAUAUGUUACGAAAGUCAAGAAGGUUCCAGAAAAGGAGGCACUGUUGAUCUUUUAUGAUAUAGUGAGGGUUGUUGCUAAUAUGCAUAAGAGAAAUGUUGUGCACCGUGAUCUGAAGUUGGGGAACAUCGUGUUGAACCAGAGAACUGGCCGCAUCACCAUCACAAACUUCUGCCUUGGGACUCACCUGGGCAGCGACAGGGACUUGUUAAAAGAUCAAAGAGGGUCCCCAGCCUACAUAUCACCAGAUGUUUUAAUGUGUAAGCCAUACCUCGGUAAGCCGUCAGACAUGUGGGCGUUGGGGGUUGUGUUGUACACCAUGUUGUAUGGCCAGUUUCCAUUCUGCGACACCAGUCUCGCGCAGCUCUUUAGCAGGAUACAGGCGGCCAGUUAUAAUAUACCGCCCGAUGGUAACUCUGUCCAAGUAUCGGACAACACCGUCUUUCUUAUCCAGAGGUUGCUGGUGAAAGACCCGAAACACAGACUGCUCGCAGAUGAGGUGCUAGACCAGCUAUCGAGCAUCAUAGCCAGCUCGGUGAUAGUCCCGAGCGUCCCCGACGACCUGCAAGUCGUGCCCGAGGUGGUGCUAGAGGAAGACAAGGUCAAGGAGACACCUGAGGAGAGCAAGGCGCUCACUCCGGUACCGGACAGUGCGGAGAGAGUGCAGACUGCUAGUGAGGACGUCGGCGUAUACUGUGUUCCCCUACCGGACUUCCUAGCUCUGAACUUCCCAAGUUCGAGUCAGGCGAGCGCGCAGACGCAGACCGGCGACGUGGCGGCGCCCGCGCACGGCCAGCGCCACAUCACCGUGCAGCGGAUAGGCCGCGACGCGAGGCCUCUCAACCACUCGGAAAUUGCCAGGUACCAACACAUGUUCACGAACAACCAAUCCAGAGAGCGCACUGAACCGCCACGGCAGAACUUCGUCCCCGAAUCUCGGCCAGAGAACUCCAGGCUCCGAGCUUUAGCCCAAAGAAUCCCCCGACUCAACCCCAUAGUCGCCAGCACCUCCGGUCAGUCUACUUCGGGCACUUCCACCGACUUUCGGGUCAUCCCGUGGUCUGAAAGAUCCAGGCUGCAAUUUGAUAGAUCACUCGACCAAGACUAUGUUCUUAGGUUACCGCUUCUGGAACUGGCCAGAUUGCCACACCACACCGCAAGCAGGAUCUUGAAUCCGCCGCUGGCGCAUACGGUGAAUCUAGAGUCGGUUAUGAAUAACCCUAGACCGCCGGCUGAUAAUAACGAGCUUGACUAUAAUUAGAAAAAUAUUCUGUCUAUAGGAGUUUGAACUUAAAUUGAUGUUUUUACUUAUUUUACUCGAACUGUACAACUACGUAGCUGUAGUGUUGGUAGUGGGUCUGUUACAUAUUGGAUAUAAAUGUGUAAGUGUAUUAUGAACGCUCAGAAUUAGUGAUCCUGUUCUAGCCAAUUUUAUCAUGUGCAUAUAUUGGGCCUCAAAUAAGUAAAAAAGUUCUCAUUGUUCUACCUAUGCAACCUUUAAGCAGUGUUGGCCGAAAGUUAAUGCGAAUUGAAAAUGUUGGCCAUUAACCAUUAUAAAUUGAACCUUAAACCGUAACGGACGAUUACAGUUUACGAUUCAAUUUAUAAUGGUUAAUGGCCAGCAUUUUCAAUUCGCAUUAACUUUCGGCCAACACUGCCUUUAAGUAAUCCGAUUAGCAUUUUCAAAAUAUGUAAAAUAAGUAAUUACACCGUAAAUAUGUCCUACGUGUUAUAGAUUGUCUCGUUAAAUGUCGUAUCGUAUUCUUAUUGUGGCAUAAUGUUUACAGCCCAGCCCAUAUGACGGACCUAUGUACAUUUUACUACUAGGUAUACCUAUACGAAAUCCCUUUUGCAGUUGUCGAGUGAUGAAGAUGCAAUUAUAUAUUUCGACAAAUGAGGAUUGUUGAUGCAUAUCAAUUGUAGAUAGCGCUCUAGAUUAGAUUCUAAAUACGAUAUGUUACCUUCCCUUCGCAUAGCUUUAGUUCACAACCUUUUUUUUUUAUUAUUAUGAAUGGGCUUACUCAUGGCCACAGACUAGCCGAGGCGUAGACGUGGCCUACGAUGUAGCGAGCUCGCCCAGAAGGUGCCUGUUCACUCUUGAUUUGAACCUUUUAGUGUUCAAGUUUUUCGGUAUACAAUGUAUUUCCAUUUCGGAGUGAUCCGCAAAAAGUUACUCAAUGUUUGGUCCAUUGAGUACUUUUCGCAAAAAGGAACUAAAAUUACUUCUUGCUAUACACUCUAUACAGGCUUGUUUUAGUACUCAUCUUUGGAAAUGUCAUUUCGACAGUUGCCUUCAAAUAACAGAGUUUGAGCAAGCUACGGGCAAAUAUGUGCAUUCCAACCAUAUCGGAAUGAAAGGGGCUGAUCUAAUCCGCUAUAUCUAAUCCAAUAAAUUACUAGAUAAUUGUAUAUUCAUUGUUAGGUUAUGGUUAACAUAUUUUUUAUGUUUAUCGGGUAUUUUAAUCUAUUUUCGGAUCCGACAUGUAAUGUUAUAGCAAUGCAAUGUUUGUAUUACUUAAUAUGAUUCGUCCAUGUUUAUACAUACAUUAAACACUUAAGUUUGCCAAAUUACAUUGUAUUAUAAUUAUAAAACUUAACAUUAAGUUUCUCAGUAAAAUGUAAUUAAUGUAUUAGUGUAUGAUAGUCUACAACGUGUAGCUAAGGUAACGGUUUUCUCUUUUAAGAUACAGACUGAUGUUUGUCAUUAUAAACAGAUAUCGGUUCUGUUACAGAGGGCCUACCUCGAAUCACGUUUGACGUGUUGCCUCUCUGUGGCACUUGUAAAUACUAUACGUACGUGUGAAAGUAGUUCGCGGUAGACCCUCAGAAUAGUAACAUUGUUCGCCAAGCACUGUACACUACACGUCUCUUUGUGAGACCUUUUGAUACGUUGAAAGGCACUAGUCUUUUGCCUCAUCAAUCUUAUCAUUGUCACUCGAUAAACGCAACUAUGUCUUCUGGACGUCGGAAAGUGUGUGUUUUAAGGGAAAAGUAGCAUUCAUAUGAAAGCAUUCUAAAUAAUGGCGUUAUGCAGGCCUAUUGCACAAGCUAACUUUUGCUUGGAAAGGAUACUAUUAUAGUGCAGGAUAUUAUUUAGUGGAUAUUUUACAGCCUAUGGGAAGUGUCACAAUCUUAGGAAUUGCUUGUUGAAGGCUGUAUGUUGUUUUAUGUAUAUGUAUAUUUUUAGAUAUAAAUACGAAUUAAUCAUCUAUUACAUGUAAUACAUGUGUAUUUGUACAAAUAAAAUGGUUUAUGUUGUAA